AUGCAUGUGUAUGCCCUGCUCUUCCCCAACCUGCUGCUGCUGUUCUACCCUGUCAGCCGCGGCAGCAUCCUGCUGCAGGCCACGGGGCUGUCCUACCCGGCAGCCAUUCGAUACCACAGGUGGCUCGGCCACUGGGUCAUGGUGCUGGUCACCGCCCACAGCCUCGGCUUCUGGGGCGUGUGGCUGGCCCUCGGCACAUGGAAGGACGAGGCUCUGUCGUUUGGGGCCAGGGUCAACAACCUGAUGGGCGGCGUCUCCUUCCUGUCGGGCGUCGCCCUCUGGCUCACGUCCCUGGACGGGGCGCGGCGCGGCGGCUACGCGCUGUUCUAUGGAAUGCACCACGUCGGGUUUUGGGGGUUCAUGGUGGCCGGCCUGAUGCACUACCAGUCCAUGUUUUG